AUGGCCUCCUCUCUCGCUCCCAGACUUCUAAGACCUACCACCCGCGCUGCACGAAAUACACACAUAUUUGCCCCUACAGUCUCCAGAGUGCCACUACGAGCAGCCUCGACCUCAAAACACCCCUCCGGUUUUGUCCCCCCUACUCAAGAAGAUUUAUAUGAGCUCCGCGAGCGGGUCCAGGAAUUUACCCGCCGAGAGAUCCCCGAAGAAGUUGCUGCAAAGACCGACUCUUCCAAUGAUUUUCCCAGUGACAUGUGGAGGAAGAUGGGCGAGGCAGGCUUUCUCGGUCCCACCGCAGAUGAAGAGUAUGGCGGGCUGGCUAUGGGGUAUCAGGCACAUUGCAUAAUCAACGAGGAGAUCAGCAGGGCGUCUGGAUCGAUUGGUCUGUCAUACGCUGCACAUUCGCAGCUCUGUGUCAACCAGCUCAGCUUGAACGGCAACAAGGAGCAAAAGGCACGAGUCCUGCCCGGCCUCAUCUCGGGCGAGAAGAUUGGUGCCUUGGCCAUGUCUGAGCACUCGGCGGGAAGUGAUGUCGUGAGUAUGAAGACUACAGCGAAGGCUGUGGAUGGAGGGUACAUCCUUAAUGGUACCAAGAUGUGGAUCACCAAUGGACCCGAGGCGGACUUCAUUGUGGUGUACGCAAAGACAGAACCCGAGAAGAAGAGCAGAGGCAUCACUGCGUUCAUCGUCGAGAAGGGCUUUAAAGGCUUCUCCGUCGCCAGAAAGUUGGACAAGUUUGGCAUGCGUGGUUCAAACACAGGGGAGCUGGUAUUCGAAGACGUAUUCGUGCCCAACGAGAACAUCCUCGGCGGACUCAAUAAGGGCGUCACCGUCCUGAUGGAAGGUUUGGACCUCGAACGACUGGUACUAAGCGCCGGUCCAUUGGGCAUCAUGCAGGCUUGCCUCGAUCUCGUCCUUCCCUAUACCCAUCAGCGCAAGCAGUUUGACCAGCCCAUUGCCCACAACCAGCUCAUCCAGGGCAAACUUGCCGACAUGUACACCAAGCUGCAGGCUGCACGGGCAUACACAUAUACCACGGCUAAGAAGGUGGAUGAGGAAGGUGAAAUCCGCACCCAAGAUUGUGCUGGCGCUAUCUUGUAUGCCGCCGAGAGAGCUACCGAGUGUGGUUUGGAUGCCAUCCAAUUGAUGGGCGGCAACGGCUACGUCAACGAGCUCCCCGCUGGAAGACUACUCAGGGAUGCAAAAUUAUACGAAAUCGGUGCUGGAACCAGCGAGAUCAGGCGAAUGGUUAUCGGCCGGGCCUUCAACAAGGAAUACAAGGAUCAAGGGAUCUAA